AUGGAUGAGAAGUCGCAGUUGCUGCGCUCCGACAGCAUUAAUCGGCAAUUUGCUGCGAUCCUCGCCGAUGCCCAAAAACAAUAUGCCGACUCCACGGGCCUCGACCUCAAGGACUACAUGAACCCACCCAUGAAGACAACCGAAGACCUCCUCAACGUCAUCAACCGCCAAAAUGAACAGUUCACCAGUUUUCGCGAGAAGCGCCAGAAGUUGUUUCAAGGCCUAUCCGCAGCCUGUAAGCCGCUUGAGGUCGUCGGUGAAGCCCUGGCUGGCGCCUCUGAGGACAUCUUCCCACCCGGCCAAACCAUCUUCGCCGCAGUCAUGUAUCUGGUGAAUGCUGCCAACGGCGUCUCGACAUGCUACGACUCGAUCAUCGACUUGUUCGACCAAAUGCAGGACUUUACCAAUCGACUCAAGUUCUACGUGUCGCAAAAGAUGUCGAAUGAGCUCCACGACAAGGUCGUCCAGAUUCUUGUCACCAUUUUUGAGAUUUUCGUCCUGGCAGCGCACGAGGUCAAGAGUGGCCGACUCAAGUCAUAUUUCAAGCGUCUAUUUGGAAAGGAGAGCAAGGUACCAGAUGCGAUGAAGAAGCUUGCCACUCUCACGGAGGGAGAAGAGCGUCUCGUCAUCGCCGAGACAGGCGCUGGCGUCAAACGGUCGCUCUCCAAUCAGGAUCGCCUUUUAGAGAUGAUGUCCAGGGUCGAUGUCAACGUCCAGACCCUUCGUGCAGAAACUCGUGUGCCCCAAACGAGAGAGCAGGCCCUGUCAUCGAACCGAGACAAGCUCAAGGGCAUCCUCCAGCCCUCCGUGUACCCGGAAGAUACCCUCUCGGCUCUGAACAGAACGAGAACACCGGGUACCUGUGAUUGGAUUCUUGAGGACCCCUCGCUGAAGGCUUGGUUGGCUGGUGAUAUUCGAUUUCUCUGGGUGGCAGGCAACCCCGGAACAGGAAAGUCGUAUCUGACCUCACGUCUUGUCGCAUGGGGCCAAGAGCUUCUCAAUACCCAGGAGACCACCAGUAUGAUGGGGUAUUUCUUCUUCAAGCAAAACAACCCAGAAUCUCGAUCGAUGACGCAGGCCUUGCGAGACAUGGCGUACCAAAUCAGCGAACAGGAUGUGUUUUACGGCAAGCAACUCAUACGCGAGGUGGCCACGAGUGACGACAUUAAGACUGUCUCGAGCGCGUUCAGAAAGCUGCUCGUUGAGCCAUGCGUGCCUGACAGAUGGAAGAGACACAUCUUCGUCCUCAUUGAUGGACUAGAUGAGGCCGAACCCCGCGAGGUCAAUGAGUUCUUGUCCUUACUGGAUGAUCUCAAUCAGCAAUCUGCGGAUGGUACGAGGGUUCAGGUGGCCCUCAUCGGAAGACCAAGCCUUUCAGACGAUAUCAACGACUAUCUCGGCAACGAUUCUACAGGUGGCCAGCAACUACGAACGAUCCAUGUCACAGCCGAAAGAAACAGCUCAGAUAUAGUGUCCUACAUUGUCGAAGGUGUCAGCAACGCGCGGAUUCUUCGUGGAUCCACAGACGACUUCAAGGACAGCAUCAUAGACGCAAUGGUCAAGCAGGUCGAUGGUCUUUUCAUCCUGGCCAAGUUCAUGUUGGCCGAACUCAGCAGAAUACGACACCCGAGAAGAAUCAUCGAGAGCCUUCAGUCAUACCCCAAGGAAAUCAACGGCAUGCUUAAGAAAGCCGUGCUUGGCUUCAGUUCAAGCAUCACGCAAGAAGAAGCAGAUGAUCUGAACGAGAUCUUGCGCUGGGUCUCGGUGGCAGAGAUGGGCCUCACAUUGGAGCAGAUUGAGGCCAUUUUGACACUCAAGAUGGGAGAUGCGCCAUUUCGACUCGAGGAGUCUUUGAGAGGUCAAUUCUCGUGCUUUUUCACCUUGGAGCGCGAGGAUGGACUGUCGACUGCUGAUCUGGCCGACCGUCACGAGCUUCAUCGCCGUCUAUCUCUCAUUGAAUUGGACACUGCCAAACGAACAAGCCCCGAUUUCCUCGAGGCUGAUAGGGACAUCGAGUACUUCUCAAACAAGAGCACGACUUAUGUCACUUUCUUCCACAUGUCGGUCAAGGAAUUCUUUAGGGAGGAUGUCUCGACAGACCUGAGGGCUGAUUCGAAGUCUCCUGCUAUCGGCUUCAAGCUAGCCGAGGCCAGGUUGCAUGUCCUGAAGACCUGUCUUCGCAUUUUCACCGACCCGACAUACUUCACAUUAGGUCAUGAAGGCCUGUCUUUACAGCGAUAUGCCGCGUGGUACUGGCCAGAGCAUCUGGAAGAUGUCAAGCUCUCUGAGAUCUCUGUGGCAGAGAAAGCCGACAUUGGAAAACGCCUUUACACCAUGCUCACCGAUCCCACUGUUCUCCUCACCUGGACGAACCUGUUUGAAGAGUCUCUGGACAUUUGGACCGACAAGAACAUCGAGAUGGUUUCUAAAUGGCUGAGAGAUGCAGACGUCGUUAGCGGUCUCACCCCCGAGCAAAAGGCUUGGGCGACCGCUGCGGCUACAAGUCCAGCACGGCUACUAGAGCCUAUGGGAAGGACCUUUGCCAAAGCUUGGCUUGUAGAGGGAUUUGGCAUGUACAUGCCGACUCUCUUCUGUUUCGGAGUGGUCCAGUGUCUGCCGCUCCUGGAGCAAGGCAAGCCCUGGAGUUACUCAGAGCUACACUGGCAGGAGGUCUCACUCGAGGACAGAAUGCAGAGAGCUACCGACUGGGCAAACUAUCAGCAAACGGGACACUGGUACCGCAGAAUCGGCAGUACUCUUCUCAACCUUGGCGAGCAUAAGAAAGCCUUGGAGUACUUUGAAAAGGCUCUUAACCUCGACUCAAACAUUGUCGAGAGUUGCGGUAGAAUGGGUCUAUGCCAUGCCAUGAGCGGCAACUACGAGAAAGCUCUCAAACUUCACCUCAUGUGUGAGGUUGUAGAGCAGGAUCACAUGGCCAAGGGGUACUACCAGACCGAACAGGAAGUCAAGAACAGCAAGUGGCGACUCUACAAGAACCAGGCCCAGAUCGCAGAGUGCUACAACCGCAUGGGUAGAGUCGAAAGCGCUAUAGCAUACUGCCGCAAAGCCAUCAGGAAUGCGUACGAUGCCCCCGAGUUUGAGCCCGAAGCUGCCUACAUGAGGGUUCUGGCCGGAAACAACCGCAUCGCGGAGAUGAUUGGCCUCUUUGAAGAGUUGGACGGCAGGUAUACGGAGAGGGGUAACUCCCGCUUCGUCUUGUUCCUUUUGAGCCAGAUCCCGGAUCCUUCCAUUCGUGACUGGUUCCCUCAGGCUGCUGCCAGGACGGGAAACACGGAUAUCCUCGCAGAGCGCUACCGAAAUGCCAUUGUAUCGGCUCAUGACGCUCAAGAUUCACGCAAGGCAUUCUAUCUUCGAAACUCGCUCGGAAAUAUUUAUAUGGCGGCACAACAUUACGACGAGGCCAUCGAGAUCCAGGAGGGCAUCUGCUUCUUCGACUACAAGGCGAGGGGCAGUUUGGCUGUGCGGAUCGAGUACAUCGCCUCCUUCAAGCAACUUGCGAGAGCAUACUCCCUCAAAGCACUUGAAGCCGACGAUACGUUGCGAUCCGAAGCGGUAGAUCCGUGGAUCAAGAAGCUGGAAGAGCUCAUGGAGCAGCAGCGCAAGUAUCAGAACAGAGACGUGCCGCUACACAUGGCUGGAUUCGACUUCAAUGAGGCAUCGAUAUACCUGAUUCUCCUAUACCGCCUUCGAAACAGAGACGGAGAGGCCCGACAGCUGCUCUCUGCCUUGAUCUCCGAAAGUUUGGAACUCCUGGAAGACGAUGAGCCUCAAAACGACGAAACCAGCAUCGCCAACUUGCAACGGACCUUGAUCGCGGCAGGUGACAAGAUCAACGCGCUAGCACUGUGGCAAUCCGCGAGAACGCCCCCGGCAGCAACGAGUCUUGCCGGACAUCUCAUUACCGAAAGACGCUCCAGCUCGCCCCGAAUCGGCGGGCUGUCGCCGCGGAGACAUACGAAGCAAAUCACUCUGACCAAAGUCUUCUCCGAGGAUCGCGACUUCUCGUGCGAUCAUUGUCUCAAGCUUCUUGAGCCUUCCGAUAAGUUCGCGGUGUGCUGGUACUGCGUCGACCUGAAAUUCUGUCUUCCCUGCUGGACGGCCGUGAAGAGCCAGAACUUCACGCCCGGGCACACGUCACCGUGCAAAGCGAGUCACGAGUGGUUGAUCGUGCCGCCCUUGCCGAAGGAUCUUCAGGCUGGAGAGAUUUUAGUCGAUGGACAGAUUCGGAAACUAGAUGAGUGGAAGUCAGCGCUACGGCAGAGAUGGGUGCAGACGAAGCCCGCCUUGGGGCUUGGUAUUAGCUAG